AUGGUGGUCACCGACGAGCAGAAGAAGGGCGGCGAGAUGUACCAGGGGCACGAAGUUUGCCUGCCCAAGGCGGUGGAAUUGCUCCAGCAGUUUGGAUUGCCUGGAGGGCUCUUGCCCCUUGAGGAUGUCGAGGAAUGCGGCGUGGUGCACGACACCGGCUUCGUCUGGAUCCUCUCCAAGAAGAAAGUGGAGCACUACUUCAAGCUCGCCAAGCGCAAGGUGUGCUACGGCACCGAGAUCACGGCUCACAUCGUCAAGAACAAGCUGGGGCAGCUGCGCGGUGUCAAGGCCAGAGAGCUGCUGCUGUGGGUGGACGUGAACGAGAUCGAGGUGGACGAGCGCGACUCGGGUAAGAUCCACUUCCGCGGCCUGGCCGGGAUCACGCGGACUUUCCCGGUGGAGUGCUUCGCUCCAGGCGAGUGA